AUGGCCUCUUUCUACUUCCUCUUGCUUGUUCUUGUCGGUGGAACUACUACAGCUUAUGGUGCAGAGCUAUGCACAGACUUUUACUCCUGCAGUUGCCCAAAGUUGUUGCCCAUAGUGAAGAAAGGAGUGGCCAAAGCCAUUCAGAAAGAACCACGCAUGGGGGCUUCCAUACUCAGAUUGCAUUUCCAUGACUGCUUUGUAAACGGUUGUGAUGCAUCGAUACUGUUGGAUGACACAAGGAACUUCAUUGGAGAGCAAACAGCAGCAGCUAACAACCAAUCAGCAAGAGGGUUCAAUGUGAUCAAUAACAUUAAGGCCAGUGUGGAGAAAGAAUGCCCCAAAGUGGUGUCGUGUGCUGAUAUUCUUGCCCUGGCAGCUCGAGAUUCAGUAGUUUAUUUAGGAGGACCUUCUUGGGAGGUGGGUUUGGGGAGAAGAGAUUCUACAACAGCAAGCAGAAUUGAUGCUAAUAAUAGCAUUCCCGCGCCUUUCCUCAGUCUAACUGCUCUCACCAACAAUUUUGCUAAUCAAGGCCUCUCUGUUACAGACUUGGUGGCUCUUUCAGGGGCACAUACCAUUGGCCUUGCACAAUGCAAAAAUUUCCGAGCACACAUCUACAAUGACUCCAACGUUGAUCCCUCCUACCGGAAGUUCCUGCAGAGCAAAUGCCCAAGAAGUGGAAAUGACAACACACUGGAACCCCUUGACCACCAAACUCCAAUCCAUUUCGAUAAUCUAUACUUCCAGAAUUUGGUGAGCAAAAAGGCCCUUCUUCAUUCCGAUCAGGAGCUGUUCAAUGGCAGUUCUACUGACAAACUGGUUAGAAAAUACGCUGCUAAUACUGCUGCAUUCUUUGAAGACUUCGCCAAGGGCAUGGUCAAAAUGAGCAAUAUCAAGCCUCUCACAGGAAGCAAGGGCCAGAUCAGAAUCAAUUGCGGGAAAGUGAAUUAA